AUGCCUCAGGAUACAAUGACAUCAUUAAUUGUCGUAUUGCAACGCGACAGUGGCGAUAUUGAAAACCAAGGCAAGAUUAUCAACUUUGGCUCGGGUGCCAGCGUCGACACUGUACGUAAUCUCGCCAUGGAGAAGCUUGGUAUAUCAACAAUCCCUGCCAAGGAUGUAUUAUUACUGGAUGGAUCCGGCAAGUCAAUCGACACUAUGGAUCAAAUACGACAGCAACAAGUGGUGCGUGUGGACAUGAAGGAACAUAUCAAAGAUGUCAUCCCUGGUCCAACAAAGUAUCCUUUUGUCGGCUCUAUUCGUGAAUUGCUUCCGAACAUAUCCUAUGGGUGGAUCAAGAUGUUUGACAAGUAUGGGCCCGUAGUGGAUAUGAAUAUCCUGGGCGAGGAGAACAUUGGCACCAAUGAUCCUGAUGUGGCCGAACUCUUUGUCAAGGAGUCGGAUUACUUUACCAAAAAGAUCACUCAGAACCUGGAAGAAGUCAAAGCUUUUGGUGGUCAAGGCUUGUUUACCACCGACACGGAUGAUCCAGAUUGGAAACUCGCACACAAAUUGCUUAUGCCGGCAUUUGGUCCUCGUGCUAUCAAGGCUUAUUUGCAUGAGAUGGGUCUUAUCGCUAUGCGAACGAUCAAGGUGCUUGAAGAGUAUCAGCCCACAGACAAGGUGGAGAUUCUCAACUGGACAACGCGUUUGACCUUUGAAACCAUUGGUCGUUGUGGUUUCGGUUACGAGUUUGGCCUGCUUGAUUCCAAGGAUGCUCCAAAUCACCCUUUCAUUGAAGCCAUGGCUUACUGCUUGAAGACAGUGGUCGUUCGCAGACAACAACCUUCCCUCUUCAAGCACCUUCCCAAUGAGCAAAACAGGAAGUUUGAUCGCAGCGUGAAGCUCAUGAAUGAUACUGUGGAUCAAGUUAUCAAGGAACGCAAGCAAGGUCCCGAAGCUGGUGAUAAGGACAAGGAUCUUUUGGGAUUCAUGCUCAAUGCACGUGACGACCAGAAUCUUGGUUUGACAGAUGAGAAUAUCCGAUAUCAAGUGGUCACUUUUCUUAUUGCUGGUCAUGAUACUACCGCUAAUACGCUUGCAUGGACAUUGUAUGAGCUGACACGCCAUCCAGAAGUGGAACAACGAUUGCUUCAAGAGAUUGCAGACGUGGGUAUCACUCAUGACAAACCACCUACGGUUGAACAAGUGGGUCAAUUGAAAUACACCCAUCAAGUACUCAAGGAGACAUUGCGCAAGUACCCACCUGUACGUAUGCUCAACAAGUACUGUAAGAAGGAUUGUGUCAUUCCCGGUGGAUAUCUUGUCAAAGCUGGCACUCCUGUCUCCGUCAACUUGUUUGCUAUGCAUCGCAAUCCAAAGGUGUAUUCAGACCCUAUGCGCUAUGAUCCCGAUCGAUUCUCUCCUGAAGAAGAACAAAAGCGCUCACGAUUUGCAUGGCUUCCUUUCAGUACUGGACCACGUGCAUGCAUUGGUAUGGCGUUUGCUUUGCAAGAAGCCAAGGUGUGCUUAUCCAUGUUUUUGCAUCGAUUCAAGUUUUGCUAUGAUGGUCCUGAUGUUGAUUUUGACCCCAUGAUGGCUACUACCAAGCCAAUGGAUUUCCUUGUCACGAUUCGAUCGCGCACAGACAUGCCUCAGCCCACAACAACUCCGACGGCCACGACGGCUACGAGUGAUGAAGCUGCUACAAGCAAGCCCAAGGCAACCAUGCCACAAUCCCAAUCGAUUGCUGAACAAGUGGCCACGCGUGAAGUCCCUCCCAUCACAUUCUUGUAUGGUACCCAAACUGGCACAGCACAAGAUUAUGCUUCUUCUCUUGCAGCUCAAGCACGCUCAUUUGGUUUCAAGGAAGUUACGCUGGCUGAAAUGGAUAAAUGGAAGGUGCUUGACACUGGCAAAUAUGAACCAAGGAAAUCGGGACCCCAAGAAUUGGUGGUGGUUUGUACAGCAACGUACAAUGGUCAACCUCCUGAUACUGCUGAGCGCUUCAACAAGUUCAUCACUGAAAAGACAAAGGAUGAGAAGAACGGGGACUUGCUAAAGUCGAUGAACUUUGCCGUGUUUGGUGUGGGUAACAAGAAUUGGCGAACCUAUCAAGCGUUUCCACGCAAAGUCAAUGAAAGCUUGGAGACUUUGGGUGCUGAUCGUUUCUUCCAAUGUGGUGAAGGCAAUGCGGAUCAAGAUAUGGAUGCUGAUUUUAAUGAAUGGUCUGCCCAUUUCUGGGUACAAACAUUGAGCAGCUUUGGACUAUCUCUUCCAGAAAGCCAAUCCGUGGUGCCAUCUGCAAGUAUGGGAAUGGAGAAACCUAAGGUGACCGUGAACUUUAUCAGCCCAUCUGAUAAGGAGAAAUGGAAACAAGGUGCAUCCAAUCGUAACGGAGAGCAUAAUGUCACUAUUCUUGACAAUGAGGAACUACAGCAACCAGCAUCCGAUCGCAGCACACGUCAUAUCGAGCUCGAUGUUUCAUCUCUACAGCCACUUUGCAAGGAUGGAUCAUUGUUUGUGGCAGGUGAUCAUUUGGAAGUGUAUCCUGAAAACGAUGCCGAGAUUGUGGAUGCCAUUGGUGUCAAUUUUGGAUGGGUGCUUGAUUCUGUAUUUGAAGUCGAUGAAGAAAGUCUUGAUCAUGUAUCGCCUCGUUCACUUGCAGCAUCCAUUCGUGGUCCAUGUACAAUCCGCAAUGCGCUCACUUAUUAUGCCGAUCUCUCAUCACCACCUUCACGUACCAUGCUGUCCAUUUUCGCUGAACAAUUGCGUGCUACUUCGGAGGAGACAGCUGACGUAUUCAGCAAGUUGAUCAUGCCUGAUAGCCCUGAAUACGCUUCCUUCAUUGAAAAAUAUCGCACGAUUCUCGAUUUACAAAAAGGAUUUCCUCAAGUGAAGCGACUCGAUUUGGCACAAUUCAUGACAGCUGUGGGUGUGAUGCAACCACGUCGAUAUUCGAUUUCAUCAUCUCCUUUGGCUCAUCCAAAACAAGCUUCAUUGACUGUGGGUGUGGUUCAUGAUAUGCUCAAGGAUGGCCGUGAAUACUAUGGCUUAGCAUCUUCCUAUUUGGCUCGUAGCGCCGAAGCCACCAAAGUGCGUGCUAUGCUUAAAUCAUCCAAGAGCAGUUUUGCAUUGCCAUCCGAUCCCAAGGUACCCAUUAUCAUGAUUGCUGCUGGUACAGGUGUUGCCCCUUUCCGUGGCUUUUUGGAGGAACGGGCAUGUCAACGUAGCCAGGGUAAACAAGUUGGCGAUUGUGUGCUUUUCUUUGGUUGUCGUCGCAAGGAUCAUGACUUUAUCUAUGCCGACCAAAUGCAAGCAUACGCAAAGGAUGGCGUCUUGGCUGGUUUGUAUGUCGCCUUUUCACGUCAAGGCCAACCUGUCAAAUAUGUCCAACACCAAUUACUUGAAAACGCUGUCAAAGUAUGGAGCUUGCUGAAUGAAUCCAAUGCAUCAGUUUAUGUCUGUGGUGCUGGUGCCAUGAGCCGUGAUGUGCGACGUACAUUCUGUACAAUGGCCAAGAGCUUUGGACAUGUAAGUACGGAAGAAGAAGGUGAUAACCAUAUCCAAGAAUUGAUCGAUCAAGGCCGUUACAACGAAGAUGUAUGGGGUUAA